AUGAACAAAAAAAUUAUAAGAUAUUACAUUCAUGAACAAGAAAUAAUAAUAUUUCAGGCUGGAUUUGCAUUCUUAGAGGCGGGAUCUGUUCGAAGUAAAAAUAUAACAAAUAUUCUGAUAAAAAAUUUCUCAGAACUUGUUUUUGGUAUAACGGCUUACUUGUCAUUUGGCUAUGCCUUUGCCUUUGGCAAAGGUAACAGUAUAAUUGGCCUGGAAUACUUUGGUUUAGCAACAUUAAAUCUAUCCAGCUAUUCACAUGCAUUCUUUCAGGUGUACAGAUAUAGAGAAUUCCAUGAUUUUGCCGGGUCUGGUAUGGUUCAUCUGAGUGGUGGAAUUGUUGCUUUGGUUGGAGCUAUCAUGCUUGGUCCUCGUAUUGGGAGGUUCAGGCCGAAUUUAAAGGUUGACAAGCCGAUUUCAGGUCAUUCGAUACCAUUGGUGGCUUUGGGAGCUCUUAUACUAAUAUUUGGAUUCAUGGCAUUUAACGGUGGAUCAAAGGGUUCCAUAACUAACCCUGGUGACGGGGUGGUGGUUGCCAGAGCAGUUCUAACCACUCUUAUAGCAUGCUGUAUAGGAGGAGGGGUAGUUCUAUUCAUUUAUAAACUACACCCUGAUGGUGUCUGGUCCCUGACAAAGGUAAUCACCUACUUCCUGAUGGUGUCUGGAAUAGCUGGAUGCUGUUAUGUGAUUGUAUCUAAACUAAUGGUUCGAUUCAAGAUAGACGACCCUGUUGAUGCCGUGGCAGUACAUUUUGUUGGAGGACUGCUUGGUAUGCUACUUGCUCCUAUAUUCAUGGACGAUGGAUUGUUGUAUGGAGCAACUGAGCGUGCUUCUCUACGGAUGGGAUGGAAUGCACUUGGUGUUUUAGUUCUUAUCUCCUGGAAUGGUGUUGCAGGAAUACUUAUCUUUGGAAUACUCAAGAAAUUGAAUUUAUUCCGUGCAAAUCCUAAGUUUGAAGUAGAAGGACUUGAUAUUCCGAAACAUGGAGAACCAGCUUAUCCUUUUGAGGCCUACAUAGAGGAAACAUUUGAACCUUCCACUACUGAUGUCACCCAGAGUUUUGGAUUACGAGUCCUACCUGAAGUUUGGGCGCAGAGGAGGAAGAGUUUUCCAAAUGAACCCUUAAAGACCCUGUCUAUUGUUCUGGACUCUAGGGUGCAUCCAAAUCAAGAACAACCCUUGCCAACUAUAGGAUAGAUCCAAGGACUGUUUCGUAAUUUCGCACCUUGAAGAUGUUCUAUUUACAAACCAAAAAACAUUUAAUCAAAUUUUUCUGUGCAUCAAUCAAAACAAUUUUUUUAUAUUUCUGUUUUUAGAUGUAGUCAAUUUAACGGUAAUAUUACAUCGUCUAUACGCAACAUCCCCCCUACUGAACUUCCGACCUACUGCAAUAUCGGACCUACGCCAGCUGUUUA